CUCUCUCUCUCUACAAGAAGCAUGGGUUCUUGUGGAUUUUCUGUGAUCACAAAGAAGACAGAGGUGGUGGCUGCGGUGCUGCCAAUGCAGGAGCACUGGUUACCAAUGUCAAACCUGGAUUUGCUUCUACCACCCUUGGACUUUGGAAUUUUCUUCUUCUACAAGAAAAGAACUGACCAAGAACAGUUCGAAAACAUGGUGAACACCAUCAAGAAAGCCUUGUCUCAAGCCCUCGUCUCCUUCUAUGCAUUAGCCGGAGAAGUAGUUCACAACCGCCACGGCGAGCCUGAGCUGCUCUGCAAUGACCGGGGCGUCGAUUUUGCCGUAGCUUAUGCAGAUGUGGAGCUCAAAGACCUGGACCUCUAUCACCCUGAUGACUCCGUUGAUGGGAAAUUGGUCCCCAUUAAGAAGCAUGGUGUGCUUGCCGUUCAGGUUGAGCUGAGUCGUGUUAUUGACUUGGAUUAG